AUGACAUUCAAUAUUUAUCACCCUGCCUUCUCGUAUGCAAUCACUGACAUUCUACACAUUGUCGAAUACACUGGCAUAUUUCAGGAGUGCCAUGACACGACAGUCUCAUCACCAAACAUUCUUGUAUGCAGUCAAUGUUGCCGCGGUGAUCUGUGUGCAUCUUCUAUGUGCGGAAAUACUGGUUAUCCUAUCAAUACCGGACCAGUUUGUUAUUCCUGCCCGUAUCCAAUUGAUCAGUCGGACCUGUGUGACACGAUAAGGAUUUGCAACCGGAAUGAGAAAUGUGGUUUUUUCGUGAAUCAAGAUGGAAGAUUUGAAGUAAAGUGUAUGCCAGACAGCUCCUGUAAUCAAGCAAUGACUACAAGUAGCUGUGCGCGUUGCUGCGAUUCGCAGUUGUGUAACAGCGCCUGUGACAACCCGAACGCGACAAACAUACCUACAUCAGGUACGAGAAAAACAUAA